CUCUUCUCUCCUGCUGCCACCAUAUCGGCCGUCAGGGAGCGAGGACGGCAGAGGGAAGAGGGAUUUAGGACUAGUUUUUCCUUUUAAAAAACAAAAGAGUCCUAAAAAUGUCGAUGUCUCGAUCGACGUGUGCACUCGUAGCCUGUUCCUGGAUAAGAUGUUGCUCAUGAGGCUGGACGUGUCUGUGUUUUAUCCGCCGACUUGUUCCGACACGGGGAAAAUGUAUCCGACUUUUCUUGGUCGCGUUUUUGUCGCAAACAAAGAAAACCCGUCGAGAAAAGAGUAAACGAGGACAACAGGACUGCAGGUUCAGGUGCCCCCACCUCAUGGAGAAGGUAGGCAAGGUGUGGAACAACCUAAAGAGGGGAUGUCAGUCUCUGCUCCACCAAGAUGGAAGUUCCCGUGGGGAAACGGAACCACAGACACAUACGUUUUGUCAGAGUGUGGACCAGACCCAGGGAGAGAGCACACCGGAACUCGCCAACCUGUCAACACAUCCUGUAGUGUCACGGAGGGUUAAUGGCAGCGUGAUACACCGGGGUCAUAACUGCGUGGCAGAAGUGCCUCACAUACUGGAGAUCACAGUUGAGCAGGACAGUGAAGAUGGGUGCCCUCCUCUGGGUGCCCGCAGAGACUCCUAUUCACGUCACGCACCUUGGAGUGGCAAGAAGAGGCACUCAUGCUCUACCAAGGCACAGAGUUCCCUGGAGACCGCAGACCGACGGAGUGGCCGCUCCCGCCGGAGACACCUAGCAAAUGGCAGCAGGGAUGAACCAGACCCAGGACUACCACGCUCACUGCGCCAGCAGCUCCAUGAAACAAUGGGCCUGUGCCUCCCUCUGCGUCUGUCAUCACGCGGCACCCACUCACGGGUGCCCAAGCGCAAGAUCCAGAUCACCGAGCUAAUGCUGGAAACAUGCCCCUUCCCUCCUGGCUCUGAUCUUGCUCGUAAAUGGCACCUCAUCAAACAGCAUACAGCCCCUGUUACAACUACAGCAGUGGAUUGCUCCACGGACUCCCCUAAUGCUGCUUGUGCAUCCCCAGAGGAUGAGGAAGAACGUCUACGUGAACGACGAAGGCUCAGUAUAGAAGAGGGAGUGGAUCCACCUCCUGAUGCUCAGAUACACACCGUAGAGACUAUUACAGCUCCAUUGGCUACAGUCUACAAGCUGGGACCUAAACUAGCCCCUGGGACAGGGGAGGCCUUGGGUGAGAGCCGGGGAGCCACGGCAGCCGACUGUGACUCUGAAGAUGAUGACACCACCACUCUUUGUUUGCAGGCCCGCCGUCCCAAGCAGCGCCAUAAUUCAGCAGAGGGCCUCUUGGGGGGAAAGCAGCCAGGGCCCUGGAAAGUGCACACACAGAUUGACUACAUACACUGCCUAGUGCCAGACCUGAUGCAGAUCACAGCUCUACCUUGCUACUGGGGUGUAAUGGACCGCUACGAGGCUGAAGCACUGCUCGACGGCCGGCCUGAGGGCACCUUUCUGCUGCGCGACUCUGCCCAGGAGGACUAUCUGUUUUCCGUUAGUUUUCGUCGUUAUGGUCGCUCGUUGCAUGCACGUAUUGAACAGUGGAACCACAACUUCAGCUUUGAUGCCCACGACCCCUGUGUGUUCCAUGCAGCCACAGUCACAGCGCUGCUGGAGCACUACAAGGACCCCAGCGCCUGCAUGUUCUUCGAGCCUCUGCUCACUUUGCCCCUUCACCGGACUUCUCCAUUUGGCCUGCAGACCCUGGCUCGGGCCGUCAUCUGCCGUGGGACCACCUACGACGGCAUUGCAGCACUACCUUUACCCCCAGUGCUGCAAGACUACCUCAGGGAGUAUCAUUACAAGCAAAGGGUGCGGGUGCGCUGGCUGGAGCGAGAGCUGCUCAAGGCCAAGUGAAACAGAGCACUACUCGUAAUAAACGAAAAAAGGGGUUUCGGUGUGGGAGGGGGUUACACUGUGUACCGAGCAACAAGGGAUGGAGCGCUCUCCCUGAGGAACAGUCCAUUCAGCAUUUUUCAGGAAAAGUUUGGAGGAAAAGUUAUUUUUGUAGGAAAAGGCUUUUGAGGUGAAGGGUAGUCAAUGUAGGGGCCUGAACCUGAAACCCAGUAUAUAAGCUUCUGGGGCUUUUUUUGUUUGUUUGUUUGUUUGUUUAUUAUUACUCAAAACAAAUACAUAUACAGCUAAAGCAGCCUCCAGUAGACACAUCAAUGUGGACUGAAACAGUGGGGGCCUUUUACCUUCCCAUCCCACAUUUCCCAGCGUCUUUUUGCAUUGCUUCGAAGUAGAGGAGUCUACUUCUAAAGAAUGCACUCAUACACCUCCAUUGUCUCACUGAUUAGCUGCUUGCUUUUAUCUUUACACUACUUUUAUUCUUUUUCAUAUACUAACACAAAAUUCAGCCCUUCACCUCCAUAUUUAAAAAUGCAUUGGAAAUAAUAAUAAAAAACAACUUUUAAGAUCAUAUCAUGGAUGAUUUUGGCAAGAUGGUGUGCCAUGUGCGGAGCUGUGAUCAAGUUAUGUUUACCUAUCAAUCUUUGCAUUCAUGGUGCUCUGUUAGUGGUCCCAAGGUUACAUUCUGUGCUCACCCUGUUGGGAAGAGUUGAGCAGGCAUCUAAGAGCAAGGAAACAGACUUUGGGUCUAUAGUAUUCACAGACAACAAGAGCGGGAAGUCUGUGGAAGAUGGACUUUGUUUAGUACUGUGUGUUCAGACUGCUGUUCUAGAAGGUUCGACAGAAGGUCUCUGACAUUCUGCUUCUUUUCACUUCCACGAAGUGAUGUUGAUGAUGCAUAAUGUGGCUACAGUGUCAAUUGUGUGUUACGUGAUGCGAGUGUGCCUGGAUUUCUAAAGACAUAGUCACUCUGUGUGAAAGUUCCAUUGCUAUCAAUAUGUUUUGUAAUCAUUAAUUCCUACCACUAAUUGCACAGGAAGUGGUGAUCAUUGUAAUUCUUCUUUUUUUUUUCUUUUCUUUUUUUUGUUCUUUAAAUUGUGAAAUGGACUGUCCGAGCCGUGGGAGAAGAGGUGUGUUAAAGAGCAUUUAACUCAACUGUGCUUAUGUUAGUGGGAGCAGCAGAGGCAAUAUAUAAUCCUGCAACACUGGGACCAUUGUUAAGCAUAAACACAUUUAUAUAUUGAUAGACACAAAAACACACAGACUCUAUAAGCUCACCUUGUCUGAUCCACAUUGCACUAGAGGUCUACAUCUUGGUGAUCUUGUCAGUCGCAUUGCAUGGAAUGACAUAACUGUUUCAAAUUUAUUCUAUAUAAUAGUUCUCAUAGUCUCCAAGGUCCAGUUGAGCCUACGUAGAUCCAUAGCUGUCAGUUAUUCGACUUUUCACGACUAAUACACAUUCAAUAUGAACGUUUCCUCCUAAUGGUUGGAAUACAUUUCUAGCAUAUCAAUAUUUGUGCUUACAGCAUGACACAUCAGCAAAGAGAAUGAUGGGGAGUGGACUGAUCUCCUCGUGAAUCUGUUGUAGGUGUAUAUUUGUUUCUUUAUUUUGUCCCUAUGUGCUGUGAAUAAUCAGGUAGAUCUAGUCAUCUGCUAUUGCCUGGUUAAGUUCAGACUCCUGGCACUGAGAUAAAGUGUUAAGUCGUCUCUACCUGCUCCUGAUGCACAACACUGCCCCCCUGUCAACCGUGAUCAAGACAUCUUCCUAUAUGAUCCCAUCUCAUAUUAUCCCACACAAUGGGAGGUUUCUAUUCGUAGAGGACUAGAUGUCAAGUCCCAUGUGUCAGUGAAUUAUUUGGUUUGACGACUGGCAUGUUUGCAAGAUUCCCUGACUUGUACUGCCUCAUAUGGAAUAGUGGCAGUGGGGCAGGCCACAGGCUCACCUGAGAACAAUGGGGUCUUGAGAAGGCUGGUUGUCCCUCUCAUUGCCUGGCUGUAAAGGUGUGUCAUGCUUGGCCUGGUUCCAAGGGCACUCUCAGUAACUUGAUAUGUGUGUACAUUUAUCAGGGCAGUAGAUGAUGAAGUUGGAUGAGAGCUUGUGGAGUGUGAUGGGGUGUUGGCUCCAUGGUGUACUUCCAUUCUCUCCCUCCCUAGUUUUAUUAGAAAGAUGUACAGGAUAAAAUUAUAUUGAUACAGAUUUUAAAUAUUUUUAAUAUUAGCAGUUGUAACAAAAUGAUUAGUGGUGAGGUGUCGGACGGGAAAAUUCUCCAUUUGAAAUGGGGAUUGUCCAGUUCAUGUGUAGGGAAAAAAAAAAAGAAAUUGAAUAAACUGGUACAAUGUGUCAUAAAUGUGUAUGAUAUAAAGUAUCUAUUAAAGUGACCAAAGGUUUUGGUUUUGACUGUAGCAGAUCCAAAUGAAUCCAUUGACUAGAGAAGUGAUAGGCUUACUGCAUCUUCCUCUCUGAGUAAGUACAGUUAAUAUUUACAGGUUAAACAUUUCAGAUACAGAGGACCCUAUUUUGAGACCCAAAAGGUGCUCAUGGGCUUUCUGUAGUAUGACAUGCGAAAGUGCCUUUCUCUUCUUCAAACUACCAUGUUAACUCUGGAGAUAUUUAUUUCAGAUAUGUCGACAUAGUAUCUGAAGUAUUGACAACUUGCAACUAAAGAGAAGCUCAGUGUCCCACCACAUAGUCCAAAAGUAUGUAUAUGAAAGUUUUAGAAUUGGAUAGUGAGCGUGUAGGUAUGUAUGUGUGUUAAAAGUGGACAAAGAGGCUAUACGGAUCGUGUAGAGGGGGGAAAAAAAGAAAAAGCUUGCAUCCUACCAGGUUCUGUGCAAGCCUAGACUUUUUUUCCUUGAUGCUCAUCCUGCACCUGCUCACUGUUUAAUGGUACAGUGUUUAAUGUUUAUGUUUUUAGGCCGUCUGGUGUCUGACUCCGUGCCUUAAUGCUUAGAACAAGAGAAACUGCACGGAGUGGUCUGCAUUCUCUGAGGCCACCAAGAGACUUACAGUGAGAUGAAAAAGACCUGGAUGUCGGCGCUGAUAUUUAGAGGCUGGUUGUUUACUUGAUUCUGAAUUGUAUGUGAACAGAGGUAGCAUUUUAUGAAUUAAAAUAAGAGUUUAGUCUUAUGGCCCCAAGCAUGUGGGCACAAGUAGCCAGAAUAAAAGAUACUACUUUGACUUGAUAACACCACAGUUUUCUCCUUAAGGGAGAACGUGGCAAGCCAUUUCAUGAGUAAUCUUGCACACUUAUUAUAGGAGAAAUUGUUUCCUGUUCAAUGUUAUCUGGCAUGUUUCUGUAGAUAUAAUAUAGGAAGGUUGAGUGUAGUAAUGCUUAAAAGGUGAAUUAAAUGAAUGACUGGUCAUCUGUCUGACGUAUAUUUGAGUUAUUUACAUAAGUCCUUUAUCGCAAGGCAAUGGAUCUUGAACAUCAUGAAUACAACUCGUCACUUUAAUGCUGUAUAUGCACAUUUAGUUGAGGGGAAGAAGGGUUGAGCAGUGAAGGUGGGGGGUGUGUGGCCUGGGUGCCAUGGUAACAGCACUUGACAAUGAUUGGAAGUAAUAGAGAUUUUCCUGCCCAGUGUCUGCCACCACCUUAUUGAUCUGACUGCAAAAAAAAUAAAUAAAGCCCCUCAAAGCAUUUGUUCAUUGACCCUUCGUGAAUUCUCUGGAGUCACAGGUAUAUCACACUUUCUCACCAUCUUUGUUGUUUUUAAUAUAUAUAUUUUUUACACUGCCCAAGGAUUGUACUGUACAGUGUAAUCACUCACUCUUUUCUUUGUCAGUGUCUUCUCUCUGUCUUUAUAUCUCAGACUCUUUCUCUCUGUCUGUCUCUUGUGUACAGUUAAUGAACUUUGCUUCCUGGCUAUGUUACUAAGUUGCUCUGUUUGUAUUAUUUUUUUGACUUCAGUUACAGUAUGCUGUUUGGGGGGGGGCAAAGGGGGCACCAAGUCAUCCUCUCCCACCAGUAGCUAGCUGUAACACCCAGUAACACACGUGGUGCUCUUGGCUUAUGCUUCAUUGUCUUAAUAUUAAAAAAGAUAAUAAAACUGUUAUACAAUGUCAA